AAAACACACCACCAAACCCUAACCUCACCUUCACAAAUUUUCUUAUCUUUAGCUCCCAAUAGAUUCUAUUUCCACAGAAAAUCUCAACUAGAUUCACAUCCUCCACACACUUCCAAACACAUAAAGAGAGAGAGAAACAAGAACCCUAUGGUCUUGUUCUUGAAGUUAGGGCAUAUCUGCUUCUCAAGACCCUAAAGAACAAAAAGAUCAGAUCUCAGAUUUUUUGUUUGUCUCUGUAUAUAGAUAAACAUUUUACAUACCAAUAUUUGUAUGCAUAUAUAUAUAAAAGAGAGGAAACUACAGAGCAACAAAAAUAAAAUGGGAAGGGGAAGAGUAGAGCUGAAGAGGAUAGAGAACAAGAUCAACAGACAAGUAACGUUUGCAAAACGUAGGAACGGUUUGUUGAAGAAAGCUUACGAAUUGUCUGUUCUUUGUGAUGCUGAGGUUGCUCUCAUCAUCUUCUCCAACCGUGGCAAGCUCUAUGAGUUCUGCAGCUCCUCUAACAUGAUCAAGACACUGGAACGGUACCAGAAAUGCAGUUAUGGUUCUAUUGAAGUCAACAACAAACCUGCCAAAGAACUUGAGAAUAGCUACAGAGAGUAUCUGAAGCUCAAGGGUAGAUAUGAGGGCCUUCAGCGUCAACAAAGAAAUCUUCUUGGGGAGGAUUUAGGACCUCUGAAUUCAAAGGAGUUAGAGCAGAUUGAGCGUCAACUAGAUGGCUCUCUCAAGCAAGUUCGCUCCAUCAAGACACAGUACAUGCUUGACCAGCUCUCUGACCUUCAAACCAAAGAGCAAAUGUUGCUUGAAACCAAUAGAGCUUUGGCUAUGAAGCUGGAUGAUAUGAUUGGUGUGAGAAGUCAUCAUAUGGGUGGAGGAGGAGGAGGAUGGGAAGGCAAUGAACAUAAUGUUUCCUAUGCGCAUCAUCAAGCUCAGUCUCAAGGACUAUUCCAGCCUCUUGAAUGCAAUCCAACUCUUCAGAUGGGGUAUGACAAUCCAGUAUGCUCAGAGCAGAUAACUGCAACAACACAAGCUCAGGCACAGCCCGGUUACAUUCCAGACUGGAUGCUCUGAAAGUCAUGUGAGAUCAUUCUACUGCUGUGAUCAAUCUCGCCAACAAAUUAAAAGACCUGUUCGAUAUAUAAGAAAGUGUAGACACAAGACUUUGAAUUUGUAGACAUAAUAUGUAAUGUCCUGAGGAUCUCCAGUACAUUUGUGUAUUUUGGGAAACCUUGCUAUAUUAAGGGUUGCAAUAUGUGGAACUUGAUUAAACCU